UCCAAAAUUUCUAGCAGUGGUUAUAAUUUUUUCAAUAAUUUUUCAGAUUUAGGAAAAUCUGUGCAAGGGAAGAACUUUUGGAUGAUCCACAAUCCUUCAGCGAUCAAGUGAAGUUGCGGCUAAUAACUUGCAAGUGAAAAUUGUCCUUGAGCCUGCGGACGAUCUGGCGAACUGUCUGUGAUCUCUCGUGCACGUCCUUUUGCUGUUCCGACCACGGUUCCGGGGUGUGAGUGUGAUCAGAUCAACGAUCUGCGGCAACAAUCAACUCGUGUACUAUCUCUGGCUGCGGCAAAGCGGAAGAUUUACUAAAAUUUUGCUGUGUGUUGGUGUGGUGCUACUCGUUGGACCGUACCAAACUAACGGGUUCUUUCCCGAGAUUGCGAGGUCGGAUAGGAAACGUUAUUUUUGAGGUCUCGUUCGCGAUUGCCCCCGGUCGUGUAGGUUUCGUUAGCCAGUGAAAACGGGUCAGGAAGGAUUAAUGUGUGUUCUAAAUCACCGCCGGAAGUGAAAUCAAUCCAUAGACGUCGGGAACAAUAUCAGUGGAUUGGAAGAAAAAAUGCAAUAAGUAAACCCCAAAUGGUGAAUUGAAAUUGCACACUAGCUAGCGGUGAAGGUUGCGUGACUGAAGAGAGAGAGAGAGCACAAAAGUGUGGUGCUUCCGGAAAAGUCGGUCACGGCAAAUUAGAUCAGCUCGGUUUAUAUCUAAAUGCAUUUUGGUGGUCAGAAAAAAUCCAAUAUUGAAGUGCAGUUCCGUUGUUAGAUGUACUAAUCUAGCGUUUGACUGGUCAGUGGAAGAAAUCUGGAACCGUAAUUUGUUCAAUCCAGGGGUGAACAAACCAGAAGCAUUUCAAGCUGGAUAACUUAAUCGUGAAUCGGUUCCUGAGCGUGGCUGAUGACGAGUUCGUGUGGGUGGUGGAUCAGGACAUACGGGACUUCGUCAGGAAGGGGAGCCGGAAGAGUGUGCUGGUGUUUCCUCCGGUGAGCAACUAUCGCCGCUUCCUCAUCCACAAAGUGUGUGAAAGUUUCGUUUCCGGGGGAAGUGGUGGUGACGGCGAGUUCUCCUUCCGAUCUGGAUCCGGAAAUAAUGAACCUACCUCGCAGCACCAGCACCAGCGACCCGAUUUGGUAACGUUUUCGAUCGGGGUUGGCUCGGAACGACGCACCGUCGUUUGCCACCGGCAACAAUUGCUGCGGGACGUCAAGGCGACCACCAGUAAAAGUUUCGAAGACAGCGAGGGAACUUCAACCGGCAUUGGUGGCGCUGCUCCUUCCUCAGUUCCAAUAGUGAGCUGGCGAAGUACAACGGUUGGCCCUUCCAUAGUGCCAUCAGCGGCCGCGACGUCCACGCGUCCUUCGAUCGCGUCCAAGGUGCCGCCGGCGUCGUCGUCGUCCAGUGGUGAUUGUGGUGGACAAGUGCAAAUUGCGGGGGGUGGUAAAAGUGGUCCCACAACUUGUGAUAGUGCUAGUGUAGGCAGUGUCCUUGGGGUGUCUUGGGGUAGCAAGAGACGAACGAAACGUGACCCGGGUACUAUCGCGAGUGUCCAGCAACAGCAACUACUUAAUCCACGUGCCGAAAAUAACGGCGAACAAGGCAAUAUGAUGGGAGUGGAAGCAACUGCCAGUGGGUAUCAUCAUGGGUAUCGCUUUGAGGAAUCUACCGGCGAUUCGGACUUUAGCCCUGAGGAUGGCCGAUCAAUGAAAGGUCUCACGCUACUAGCGUCCUCGCCUCCGACCAAACUUUCCGGCGCCGGUGGAAUCUACCGACCUCCGGCUGCCCGCAAGGCGCUGAAACUGGUCGAGAGUGCCAUCCAGCUAGCACCGGCAGCGGCCAGCGAAAAUCCCAACGAAUACCACCAUCAUCCGUUAGGGGGGAAAGAACAUUCUGCUUUCCUUACGAUCACCCCGCGUUCUUCCGCUGCUAGGAGUGGUAGUGAAGUGUCAACAACAACAUUAGAAAUCAACAACGGUUCUACUAGCGAAGAAAUUUGUACUGACCCCAGUAAUAGCAACAACGGCACCUCAACAACAACAUUAACAGUUAAUAGUACUAACACGCUGAUAAGUGAUGUAAAGUCAGACACCACAGUCAAUAGGACGCCGCCGAAUCUAUUACCGGACGAUAACAACAACGAUUGCAGCGGCGUAACUACAGGUGCUAUUACUAGUAGUAGUUGCGGUGUCAUUACUACCAGUGCAAGUUGCAUUUCCAGCAACGAUCAGCAGCAGCCGGCAAUCGGUGCUGAUCAAGGAAAUCACACCGCCAUCGGUGCCAGCAAUAGACAAACACGUUCCAACCGUGAACGACGACCCGAUCGGGCCGUGUACAUUCCGCGUGCCCGUCGCAGCCAAACGACUCCACCGGUGACGACGAGCAGUCAACAGCAGACGGCAACGACAAACUCCAUUAGCGGCACCACUGUAGUCAGCACAGUCGAACCGUGUACUAAAACAUCGCCUCCGGUGCAACCGCCGGUGUCAAUUCUUAUCGCUCCUGCCGGAGUAGGAUGUCCACCGAAACCCGUGGCCAGUAAAAAGGAUCGUAAAAACAAAGUCAAAGAUAAACCACCACCAGCCCAGGCUGCCACGAGAACAGCUCCAUCGGUGAGCGCCGAAUCUGUGAUAGCUCCAAUACAGCUUUCGUCGUUGGUUGAUUCUGUUGCCGGCACCGACGAAGGACAGUGCUGUAGGUCUAUAGUAACUUUUAAGAACCGUAGUCAUAGCGUUGAAAAAAGCGUCACUGCUGCGACCUCAGAAAGGCAAAAGAUUUCUAAGCUUGAAAAGCAAAAAUCCGAAGAAGUUCCUACCGAAAAUAUAGUCCAUCGGACAGACUGUGAUCUACAAUCAGUACCAAAAUCUCACCCAAGGAAAGAGUCCGCCAGGAACGGAAGCAUUUUAACCGAACUCAACGGUAGUACAAACCCGAGGUUAGCAUUAGAAGACAUGAACAAAUCCAACAAAUCGCGUAAGCAAACGGCAGCCGCCCCACUCAUCAUAAAUGGCAACAAUGGGUCGGUUCCAGCCGGGGACAAGGUGGACAGGGAUGAAAAAGAACUGCGAAAAGCUUCACAGGAAAUCAACCGCAGCAAUCGCAGGAUCAUUAAACAAACGUUCGCCUCGAACGUGCUGGAAAUUGAGGAACCCGAGAAGAAGAGCAGUUCCAAUCCGCCGGUGACCACCGGUAGCAGCAAUGGUGAAAGUGAAGGCGGUGAUCGGCAGUUGAAUCCCGAGGAGGACGAUUGGGAGUCGAUGUACGACGACAACGGCGACUGUCUGAAUCCGAAGCUGAUGGAAGAGUUGACAUCGGCGGUUGGCAAGGUGACAAUCGAGGUUCCCCGAUCGGAUUACAAGCUUUACCAAUCGAAACAGGCAGCCCUGAACGAGGAAGAAUUUCCACACGUGCUGGAGGUGUCAAACUUCCCGGUAGAGUUUAGGACCCAGGAUCUCAUGAUGCUAUUCCAGCAGUACAAAGAAUCGGGUUUCGAUAUCAAAUGGGUAGAUGAUACGCACGCGUUGGCCGUGUUCAGCAGUUCCAAAAUCGCGGCCGAAGUGCUGGCCAACGGACACAACUUCGUGCAGCUGAAGCCACUCGCCGAGGCCACCGUAGAAUCCCGCACCAAAGCAAAGAAAUGUUCCAGCUCCCUUCAACCGUACCGUCCGAGGCCAGAAACCUGUGCUGCCCUAGCCCGACGUUUAGUCACCACGGCACUCGGGGUUCGCCUCAAGACGGCCCCCGAAGAGCGGGAAAACGAAAAGCGCGUCCUCCGGGAAGCGAAGGAACGCAAACUACUGGCCGCCAAAAUGCGGGAGGAGAUUUGGGAAAGCUAAUCGGAAUACUCCCGUCUAUUCGUUCCGUUUAUUUCAUGUUGCUGCCAUAUCGUUUGUGUAACUUUCUUCGCGUUUCAGUAAGACGAAUGUUGUGGUCAAUCGGAGAUCUAUUAGUCUAAUUUUGUCCUGCAAAAAAUUAUUGAAAAAAAGUUUA